UAGUAAGUAAGCGAAUCACAACAGAAUCCGACAGGUUGUUGUAAGCUGCAUGCUGUUUCUCAAACUUGGUUUUUGAAGAGCUGGGUUAGUGUUUCUUUAUCGGUAUUGUCCAACCUCACUUUAAAGCUCACAAUGGCUCAAGAUAUUUCUACAGAUGAUGUUGCGGAAUUAAAAGAACAGUUUGACAUGUUCGAUAUUGAUCACAACAACCACAUCUCAGUUGAGGAACUUGGUGAAGCUUUGAAGGAAGCUGGGUUUGAUUUGGCAGGGUACCAAGUACGAGAAAUGAUAACCAAACUAGACAAGGAUGAAAAUGGGACAAUUGAAUUUAAUGAGUUUCUGGAGAUUUAUAAAACGCUCAAGGAUGACCAAGUAUCUUCCAAGUUUAAGGUCGCCAUUUCUAAGAAAAGUGGAAUCGUGUCCAAAGGUGGUACGUCUGAUGUGGAGGGAAUAACUCAUUCUUUUUCCGAAGAAGAAAAAGUUGCGUUUGUUGAUUACAUUAAUAGCCAGUUGAAAAAUGAUGAGAUGUUAGAGUCCUACCUGCCAAUCAAUGAGAAGGACGAUGACCUGUUUUCCAAAGUCCAAGAUGGCAUCCUCUUCUGUAAAAUGAUAAAUAAUUCCUCUCCGGGAACUGUGGAUGAACGAGCUAUGAAUACCAAAAAGUUAACUGUAUUUAAAAAGCAUGAAAACCAGACGCUUGCUUUGAACUCUGCUUUAUCUCUUGGAAUUUCUAUUGUGAAUAUUGGUGCUGAAGAUUUGAUCAAAGGAACCGGACACUUGGUGUUGGGUCUGCUCUGGCAGAUCAUCAGGAUUGGAUUAUUUGCUAAGAUAGAUUUAAAGGAGAUUCCUGGACUCAUAAGACUGUUACAGGAGGGAGAGGAUCCAUCAAUACUUAAGACAUUGUCACCAGAGCAACUCCUUAUCCGAUGGGUCAACUAUCAAUUAGAGCAAGCAGGGGACCCAAGACGUAUUAAAAACUUCAGUGGUGACAUUAUGGAUUCAGAGGUUUAUACAACACUUUUGAGACAGAUAGCUCCAAAGGAUUUGAAUUUGGAUCCAGUACCAAUGGGACCAAAUUAUGAACAAAGAGCUGAAAAGAUGCUUCAAAAUGCUGACAAGAUGAAAUGCAGAGCUUUCAUCACACCUAAGGAUGUUGUAAAAGGUAACGCGAAAUUGAACACCGCAUUUGUUGCUAACUUAUUCAACAAUUACCCAGCAUUGGAUCCUCCAGAUGAAGAAGGCGAGGUUUAUGAAGAAACCAGAGAAGAAAAAACUUUCCGUAAUUGGAUGAACAGUCUGGGUGUGCGACCUUAUGUCAACUAUCUUUACACUGAUCUUAAAAAUGGACUGGUUUUAUUCAAGCUUUAUGAUGAAGUGAAACCCGGAAUUGUGAACUGGGACAAAGUGAACGGCCCUGCCGCUCUUGCAAAACAAGGUUCAGCCAUGAAAGCAUUAGAGAACUGUAACUAUGCAGUGGAUCUCGGAAAGCAGUUAAAGUUCUCUCUAGUUGGAAUUGGUGGCUCAGAUAUUUAUGAUGGCAAUCAGGUGCUCACACUCGCGAUGGUUUGGCAGCUGAUGCGAGCGUACACAGUAUCAGUGCUGCAGAAGCUUGCUGGGCCUGAUAACACGAUCACAGACAACGACAUUGUGUCAUGGGUCAACUCAAAGCUUGAGGAGGCUGGCAAGACCUCAAAAAUUAGGAAUUUCAAAGACAAAGUAAUAAGUGACAGCAGUCCAGUACUGGACUUGAUUGAUGCUAUCAAGCCAAAUUCUAUCGACUACUCAAACUUCAAGAAAUCAGCAAGCAGUGAUGAGGAUCUGUUACUGAAUGCGCAGUACGCCAUAUCCAUGGCACGUAAGAUUGGAGCACGUGUGUAUGCACUUCCGGAAGACAUCAUGGAGGUGAAUCCAAAGAUGGUGAUGACGGUGUUCGCCUGCUUAAUGGUCGUAGAAAAGCAGAAAAAAUAAAGUUGCACACAGGCUAAUAUCAAGUGCUCUCAUUCGUAUGCAAGUAUUUUGUAAAUUUCUGCAAAUCAUCUUGUUUUUAAUGCAAUUUGAUUAUGCAAACAUAACAUAGCUAUGAUUUUGUACGUUUGAUUAAUAACGGUUUGCAAAUUUAGAACAUAUUUUUAGCGGAUGAAUUUAAAGUACUCUUUCGAUAGUAAUGAAAUGUCCUUGCUACAGUAAUAGCGGUUUAGAAGUGGGUGCUUAGAUUGUUUUGUUUUUUUAAUAUUUUACCUACAAUAACAUGUUGCUAACAGAAAAAGAAAAAUACAGAACUUAUUCUUCCAAUGAACAAAAUGUAUAUACCAACUACUGGGCUGAUUGUAUUUUCAGAUUUUAUAGGCAUUUUUUGACAUCACACAACACUUUAUUCUUUAUCUAAUGAUCGAAGCUAAUAUAAUUCAAAUUAUUAUAUUUUUUGGCGUAAUUAAAAGUGUUUUGUGCAGAUUCUUGUUGUAGACCUUAGUUUCUUGGAUUUAAAUAAUUUUGGAUUUUUAUAUUUUUGGUUUUAUUCUAUGGUGAGGUGCAAAUAGUUAAAGGCAAGAGUUUUCCAUGUUCUAAUAAGUCAAUGAUUGACAGCAAUGUCUGCCAGUUAUUUAGUACCAACUUCUAACACAAAUAUAAUACAUUAAGUUUUAUAAUAUGAUAGAUAUUAUUAUGGAAACUUAAAAAUACAUAUUUAUUUUUGCAUCUUUCAUUAUAAUUUUCAGCAAUUAAAAUCAAUCUUUAAUAUAGAGAAUUAUUUAUCUAUAUCAGGUAGUUAAGAUACUGUACAUCAAAUAAUCAUGUAAAAAAUUAUAUAAAACAAUAAAAGGCUGGUUUUUGAGUCAAAAUAGCAGAUAAUGUUUUAAUUGGAAAUGUUUAAAGGCAGGUGUAGAUUUACAAAAUAAUAAAAAGCUAGGACUACUGUUUGAUUGAAUGAAUAGCGCCCUCACCGCCGUGUAUCUAUAAUCAUUGCUUGGUAUCAUCAACAAUAUUAAUGAAAAGUUCUUAAUGAUUAUUAUUGCACUUGAGCAAUACACAAUUGUUCAUAGUACUACACUAUCAUCACAAAUAUGUGAGUUGCCUUCGAAUAUGCUUAAUUAUAUAAAUCUUCUGAUUUACAUCGUAAAUUUUAUGUAUUGUUUGACUUGCAUAGUUUAUAUGGUUUUUUAAUAUAAUUUUAUAUAUCUGUAUAAUUGGGGAAUGUGAAUAUUUGUUUUUAAAUUUUCAUUAUGAUUUUAAAAUAGAUAUAUUGAAUGGACCUUUUUAGUUUAAUACUGUUUUUUUAUUAUAAUAAGUAAACAGAUUUAUCAAAUGUUCAUAUAAUUUUAAAUUUUAUUUUAAUAUAUACUUUAUUUGAUUGUGAUUUUAAAAUCAAUAUAUAGAAUAUACAUAUAAUUUGUACUUUUAUUUUGAUUCCAAAUUAAAAGUUAUUAACGUUUUCCCAGGCACAAACACAGAAUCUGUAAUUUUGAGGUAUGCUUGUGUAUUUUGUUUUAUUUUGCCUUAAUAUCAAUCUACAUACCAUUGCAACAAAUCUGCCAAAUUAUAUACUUUGUUAUUUUGUUUUUGAAUGCAUAUUGGCUGUCAUUUUAUCUGAUAUGUGUAAUUUUAUAUUGCGAACAAAAUAUUAUUUGUACCAAAUAAAAAAAAAGUGGUAUAUAAA